AGAAAGCCGAAGCAUCGGCUCGUCAUAUGGUUUUGGAGCAUCGAGACCGCAACAGGCACACGUGUUUUGCCAGUGCCGUUGUCAUGUGUAAACAUUAGUUUUAUUAGUUUAAUUUCAUGUUUAGUUUUGUGUAAUUUGGGACGAAAAUUAACACGCCAAAAUGAGUGCACAGGAGAAAAGUAAGGCGUCGGGGAAGAAACUUCCCAUCGACAAGGAGAAGAUAGCGAAAUAUGAUAGAGGACCUGGCGUAAACUUAAAAAAAGGAGUCAAGAACAAAAUCCAUAGGCAGAGAAUGCGCCAGAAAGAAAAGGUUCGCGACACUAUGGCUGAACAGGCUGCACGAACAGAGAUGUUGUUAACUGAGGAUUAUGGUUUCCUGGAAACAGAUGCUGGAGAAACCACUACGCAAUUCAAACAAAAAGAAAUUGCUGAAAAUGUAGAUAUUACAAGCAAAACAAAAUUCUUUGAAUUGAACUUGAAUUUCGGACCCUACAAAUUGAACUAUACAAGAAAUGGCAGGCAUCUUGUAAUCGGUGGUAAAAAAGGACAUGUAGCUGCAUUUGAUUGGGUGACGAAAAAAUUGGCUUGUGAAAUGAAUGUCAUGGAAUCUGUUCAUGAUGUGUGUUGGCUUCACAUUGAAACAAUGUUUGCAGUAGCACAAAAAGAUUGGGUGUACAUCUAUGAUAAUCAAGGAAUUGAACUCCAUUGCCUCAAGAGGAUGAAUCAAGUCACACGUCUAGAGUUCUUACCUUAUCAUUUUCUUUUGGCAUCUGCAUCAGCACUUGGUGGUCUUACAUGGUUAGAUGUUUCUAUAGGCAAAAUCAUUUCUCGUUAUGAUUCCCAAAUUGGAAGAAUAGAUGUAAUGAGGCAAAAUCCCUAUAAUGCAUUAUUAUGUGUGGGGGAGUCAAGAGGAGUAGUAUCUAUGUGGUCACCCAAUUCACAUCAACCAUUGGCAAAAAUGUUGUGUCACAAACAGGCAAUAAGCUCCAUUGCAAUACAUCCUUAUGGAACAUACAUGGCUACAAGCUGUCCAGAUCGUUCCCUAAAAGUAUGGGAUGUGAGACAAUUAGCUGGACCAGUUCAAAAUGCAAUUCUGCGUUCUCCAGCACAACACUUAUCUUACAGUCACCGUGGUCUGCUAGCUGUGGGAAUGGGAAAUGUUGUUGAAGUAUUCACAGACACUAAUAGUGACAUCAAACCUUAUCUUCGUCAUAAAUCUAACUGGGGCAUCUCGGAUGUGCAGUUCUGUCCUUAUGAAGAUGUUCUAGGAUAUGGUACUGCUAAGAGUUUUGCAUCGAUUUUAGUGCCAGGAAAUGCAGAAGCUAAUUAUGACGCUUUAGAGGUCAAUCCAUACCAAAAGAAAAAGCAAAGGAAAGAGGGUGAAGUUAAAUCUCUUCUUGACAAAAUUCAACCUGAGCUUAUUACUUUGGAUGCUACCACUAUUGCCGAAAUCGAUGUUCCUACAUUGCAAAAUAAGAUGGAAGCUAAGAAAAAACUACUCUUCAUAAAACCGAAGAAGAUCGACUUUAAACCACGCAGAACAAAGGCUAAAGGAAAGGGUGGCACUGCUAAGGUCGUCAGAUCUAAGAAGGCAUUGAAGGAAUUAGCGCGACGGGAGGCUGUCCAGGCAAUGCGCGAAGCGAAGGUCCUCAUCGACACUAAAAAGAAGGAGGCGCCAAAGAAGUCUUACGGUGUUCUGGAUAGGUUUUUACCUAAAACUAACUAAGCCUAGUUUAAAUUCCGCCAUGUAUUUAAGUUGUACAAAGUAUGAUAAAACAAUUUAACGGAUAUGAAAUGUUAAAAUAAACAUUUUUUUAAAAUA